AUGUCUUCAGACGGAGACGCGUCUUCAGACAGAGACGCGUCUUUAGACCAAGACGCGUCUUCAGACGGAGACGCGUCUUCAGACGGAGACGCGUCUUCAGACAGAGACGCGUCUUCAGACAGAGACACGUCUUCAGACCGAGACACGUCUUCAGACGGAGACGCGGCUUCAGACAGAGACACGUCUUCAGACAGAGACACGUCUUCAGACGGAGACGCGUCUUCAGACAGAGACACGUCUUCAGACGGAGACACGUCUUCAGACUCUUCAGACCGAGACACGUCUUCAGACAGAGACACGUCUUCAGACGGAGACGCGUCUUGGUCUAAAGACGCGUCUUCAGACGGAGACGCGUCUUCAGACGGAGACGCGUCUUCAGACAGAGACACGUCUUCAGACAGAGACACGUCUUCAGACGGAGACGCACGCGUCUUCAGACGGAGACGCGUCUUCAGACGGAGACGCGUCUUCAGACAGAGACACGUCUUCAGACAGAGACACGUCUUCAUACGGAGACGCGUCUUCAGACCGAGACACGUCUUCAGACGGAGACACGUCUUCAGACUCUUCAGACCGAGACACGUCUUCAGACGAGACGCGUCUUCAGACCGAGACACGUCUUCAGACGGAGACACGUCUUCAGACCAAGACACGUCUUCAGACCGAGACACGUCUUCAGACCGAGACACGUCUUCAGACGGAGACACGUCUUCAGACGGAGACACGUCUUCAGACGGAGACACGUAUUCAGCCGGAGACACGUAUUCAGACCGAGACACGUCUUCAGACGGAGACACGUCUUCAGACCAAGACACGUCUUCAGACUCUUCAGACCGAGACACGUCUUCAUACGGAGACGCGUCUUCAGACCGAGACACGUCUUCAGACGGAGACACGUCUUCAGACAGAGACGCGUCUUCAGACAGAGACGCGUCUUCAGACCGAGACACGUCUUCAGACGGAGACACGUCUUCAGACGGAGACACGUCUUCAGACCGAGACGCGUCUUCAUACGGAGACGCGUCUUCAGACCGAGACACGUCUUCAGACUCUUCAGACGGAGACACGUCUUCAGACGGAGACACGUCUUCAUACGGAGACACGUCUUCAUACGGAGACACGUCUUCAUACGGAGACACGUCUUCAUACGGAGACACGUCUUCAUACGGAGACACGUCUUCAGAC